AUGGCAGCUCCCGACACGCUUCCCUCUUCGAUGUUUGCGGAAUCCAUUCCUGCCGCAGACUAUGCCUCCCUCCACGACUCGAUCGCGCCGAUCAAUCGCGUCUUUCCUCCAGAAAUUCUCUCCGAGGCUCUCUCAUACUGCUGGGAAGACAUGCGUAGCGUUCGCCUCACUCACGUGUGCCGCUACUGGCGCGCCGUCGCUCUCAAGACCCCGCGACUGUGGGCAGAUGCGGUCGCAGCCCCGGGAAACCAACUUACCUUCAACAAGGCACGAGUCGCAGCCCAGUUUCAAGAUCUGGAGAAUAAUCGGAUCUCGUUUGCCGUUGCCGCGCUGGAACGGUCGUCUCCGAGUCCGCUACGCCUCAAGAUCCACUUCCUUCCCGACGCCUUGUCUCACACGUUCAUGUCGCACACAGCCCGGCUCGUCGAUCUGUAUGUGCGUCUUGACAGCGCCAAGCAACUCGGAUCCCUGUGCCGGAUUCUCGCAAAUGGCGUACCCAAUCUCACAGUCCUCGGCAUCGCCUUCAUCGGAACCACGGGACUAUACCACGACUGGCUCGCGCCGGGCGUUGGAAGCUAUCAACACGAUAUCGAAAACCCAUAUGACCAAGAAACCCUUUCCCAGGAACUCACCGCGUGGGGCUCCAGUGUUCGAGGAACAAUUGCGGAUACUCCUCGUCUUCAUACGCUACGAUGCCUCCCCAUCGACCUCCUUCCCCACUUCGCCUGUCGCACGCUGCGCGACAUAUGCAUCACUCCCGCGGUGUUCAAACGGUGUCAUUUAGAGGGCUUUGUCGACGCGUUGCGGCGCUGCCCAGACCUCGUUCAGAUCCACUUGUGCAUGAUCAACCCGGUCCUGAUCCCUCAGGAUGACACGUCUGGGUGGGUAUCCCAAUCGGUUGACCUCCCAUCUCUACGCACACUGGUCCUCAACGUCGACACCGAAGUAGUUCUCGAACGCUUCCUGGAUUUCUUCUCUCUCGAACACACCGUCACCCUCAACAUCGUGCAGAGGACCUCUAGCAUCGCGCGCACCUUCGAGCACCUGCGUUCGCGCCACAAGGCGCUCAUCCAAGCGCAAGUCCGCACUGCGACCGCCCUGCGCAUACGCGACUACUACGACCAGUGGAAGAACCCCAAGACGGACGUCGCGACGCUCGCGGACGGCGCCGACCGCGUGCGCUACACCCUGUACGCCGCCGACAACGACGGCCCCCCCUCGCUCGAGGCGUUCGACCUCAUCGCCCUCUUCCGCCCCAACGGCGCCCUCCUCACCCACCUCGUCCUCCACAAGAUCCGGGACAUCCCGCCGGCCGCCGACGCCUUCCGCGCCUUCCCGCGCCUCGCCUCGCUCGACCUCGCCGGCCCGCGCACGACGGUCUUCCUCAAGGCGCUCCGGCACCGGCCGGACGACGAGGUGGACUGCGACGACCUCGUCUGCCCGCGGCUCAAGACCCUCGCGGUCUCCUUCGGGCUCGGCCCCGGCGACGACCAGCCGCUCGCGCGCAAGGCGUGCACGGCGCUGCGCGCGCGGCAGACGGGGUGGGAGGCGACGGCGCUGCGCGCGAACGCGCCGCGGGUGGCCGCGCUCGCGAAGACGCUGAAGCACCGCGCCGCGCGCGGGCUCCGCCUGGAGCGCCUGGAGUGGCGGCAUCGGGAGUGGGACGCGUCGUUGGGGCUGGGGUUCCCGCCGGGCGCGGUGGUCGGGAAGUACGAGCCGGACCCGGCGUUGUACGACCAGGCGGAGCUGGAGAGGCUGGUGGACGGACCGGUCGUGUUUGGGGGGUUUACUUAUCGGAAGUAG